CAACUUUCGAUUAAAAUCUAGUUUUAGUUUACAUUUUCAGCCACGUAUUCUGGCGAAAACAUGUCAUGCGCUUUCUUAUGUAAAAACUCAAAGAGUCGUCGGACAAAGUGAGAAAAAAACAGCAUCGGGGUCUAAAGAGAAACUAUUCAAGGUUGACUCGGACUCCCUGCUGUCCACCAUGGAGACCUCUGCCCUUACAGCCACUGAGAAGAAGGAGCACACAGGAUCAGGUCUGGAUGGAGGCAGCUUCUCAGACUGGACAAAGAAACCGUCUCCUACUACAGUUACCAGAGGUCCUCACCAUCUCUUCCCCACGUUUCACACACCAAUCCCGAUCGACAUGCGUCACCAUGAGGGGAGGUACCAUUACGAGCCACACCCCCUCCACACCAUGCAUGGACCUCAAGGCCUAGCCAGCAGCCCAGUCAUCUCAGACUGCGUCUCUCUGAUCCGUCUGUCCCCUCAGGCAGCAGGGACGGGGGAGUCCCCCUUCAGCCCCCCCCACCCCUACAUCAACCACCACAUGGAGCACUACCUCCGCUCCAUGCACAGCAGCCCUACCCUGUCUAUGAUCUCAGCUGCCCGUGGACUCAGCCCCGCAGAAGUGACCCAUGAGCACCUGAAAGAGCGUGGUCUGUUCAGCCUGCCCCCUCCCCCUCCAGGGGCCAACCCUACACAGUACUACCACCUCAUGGCCAGUGGCAGAAGCACCUACGGAGACCUCCUCUUGCAGACCGGUGCAGCCGCGGCAGCAGCCGCCGCAGCAGCACACCUGCCCGACUACAUCAGCCCUGUGGACGUGUCCAGGUUCUCCAGCCCCAGACUGACCCCCAGGCUGAACAGGAAGCGAGCCCUGUCCAUCUCCCCUCUCUCAGACGCCAGCAUCGACCUGCAGACCAUGAUCCGCUGA